GUUUUGAUCUUAUCGAAAGCCGAUUUUAUUGUUGCUACGGAGGCAGCUUGCAAGCAUAUUUAGUCGACUGCAAGAAGGAGGGUUAUGUUUGUUGUAGUCGUAUUAAAUCACCUUAUAUUUAAAGUUUUGAUUUUCAUUCAGCAUACGGUCCAUCCAUCUACGUCAGGCUUAAAUACACCGAAAGUAGACGAUAGAAAGCAACCAUAUGGAUCUUGGUGUACGCCAGAAGCCACACCAGCACAUAAAGUACUUACCCCUACAAAUUCGAACACGGAUAGCAAAUCUCAGAAAAAACAUGACUCUCAGCAAAAUCAAAUCAAAGGAAUCUUACUUCAAGUGCAGAAAGUACGUCUAUUCCCCAGAAAUCCACCAACAGAAUCUAAUUCUAUGAAUGAAAUCACGUCAGUCUCCACAGAACUCCAAGAUUUGAAAGAACUAAAAUCGACACAAGAUACUAAGAAAUUACCAUCACCAGAAAAAGAAGAAUCGUCAUUUUCAGUAGAGACUCCACAGAGCCCAGUGCCGUCGUCUCCGAGACAGAAAAAAUGCAAGGGCUAUUUAAGGGUGCCCGCCUUCUGCGACCCGUUCGUGCCCAUCGAUCCGCAGGGUCGAGGGUAUAUCAGCUGGCUGUUUCUAGUCACCUUUUGCCAUAGUUACAAUGCAUGGUGUAUCGCUCUACGUGCCACCUUCCCAUAUCAGACGCCGGAGAAUACACCAUACUGGAUGGUUGCCGAUUAUUUCUGCGACAUCGUAUAUUUGUUAGACGUUGCACUUGUUAAGCCACGUCUCAUGUUCUUACAUGAAGGUUUUUGGGUAGACAACACUAAAGAAACGCGGAAGAACUAUAGAAAGAAACUGCAGUAUAAGUUCGACAUAAUAUCUUUGACUCCACUUGAUCUAUUAUACAUUCAUUUUGGAACUCAAAUGGUUAUCCUGCGAUUUCCGAGGCUGUUGAAAUUGCAGACGUUCUGGGAAUUCCACCAGGCGAUGGAUCGAGUGCUGUCUUCUCCGUAUGUGGUCAGGAUUGGUAAAACGCUCUUCUACAUAUUCUACUUGAUACAUUUAAACGCUUGUGCCUACUAUGCCAUGAGUUAUUACAUCGGUCUCGGCUCCAACGACUGGGUGUACGACAAUCAGGGCAAUGCUUAUAUUCGUUGUUUCUACUUCGCCACUAAGACUGCUACCUCUAUCGGAAAGAAUCCAAAGCCAGAGAACACAGAAGAAUACCUCUUCAUGACUGCUGCAUGGCUUAUGGGAGUGUUUGUGUUCGCGUUGCUCAUUGGUCAGAUUAGAGACAUCAUUGCUACUGCCACGAGAGCUAGGACGGAGUACAGACAGACGGUGGACGGUUGCGCGCGCUACCUGCGGCGGCUGGGCACGGCGCGUGCGCUGCGCCGCCGCGUCACGUGCUGGUUCAACUACACGUGGACACAGCAGCGGUGUUUCGAUGAGUCCAGUAUAUUAAACUCGUUGCCGUUCAAUAUGAAACGUGAUGUAGCGUUAGCUGUUCACAUGUCGACUCUAAGUAAGGUGCAAUUAUUCCGAGACUGCUCCGACUCGUUACUUCGCGAUCUUGUACUUCAACUGCGACCGGUAUCGUUCCUGCCGGGCGAUGUAGUCGUUCGGAAGGGUGAUGUUGGCCAUCAAAUGUAUAUCAUUAAAUCUGGAGAAUGCUUUGUGAUGUCACAAGAUGAAAAAGAAGUGCUAGCAACUCUGCGGGAAGGCUCGGUGUUCGGUGAAAUAAGUUUACUGGGCAUAGAAGGAUUACGACGCCGAACUGCUACUGUAAGGUCGAGAGGCUAUUCAAACCUCUUCGCUCUUUCUCGUAAUGAUUUAGACUCUGCACUUAAACACCACAAGGAAGCUGCUCAAAUACUUCGAUUACGAGCCGACCAGAUAAUACGCGAGAAUGCCGCCAGACAAGCGAAACAGAAACUGGCCCAUCUACAGGCGAAGAAAUCUGCCAGUUUGGUGUCAGAUAACUCUGGACAUAGGAAUAGAAGACACUCAAAUGUUUCAAGUAAUGACAGCAGUGUAGCUGUUGAAGGAAGACGACAUAGAUCAGCUAGUGCUCUGUCUAAAAGAAGAUUGUCGUCAGUAUCGGAAAACAAGGUUUUACGACGAGCGGAAGUGCGUACACCACUACCUACUAUCGUAUUGUGUGCUGAAGCAGAAGCGGAAGCGGAAACCGACGCCUAGAAAGAUACAUUAGCAUUAUUAAAAAUAUAUAUAUG